GGCGGACGCUGCUACAAUGGAGCACCGGAGGAGGUUGACGAUGAACUGGGACGGGGAUGACGAUGACGACGACAACUUCUUGGAGCCAGAAGACUUGGGGUCAUCGGGAUCGGACGACGAGGGGCGCGCCUCGUUCAGCUCCGCCGUCUCCUCGGCCACAUCUUUCCCCUCUGCCCAGCAGGCAGAUUAUGAGCUAUGGACGGGGGAGCCAGGGGACGUCAAGGAGCGCCGGCGUCGCCUCCUUCAGUGUAUGGGGCUGUUGAGCAACAAGAGCCUCCCCGAGAUUGAUGAAAGUGCCCAGAAGGAAAGAGGAGUUAACAUUAAUGUUCUAAUUCGCUCAAGCUCCGCUGGGGAUAUGGCAGCGGCAGGAUGUUUAUCUACCAAAAGGAAAGAGGAGUUCAUUGGGUCCACCCCUAAACAGCAUCUCACCAGAACGCUGUCCAACACGUCGUCGCCACCGCCUGUCGGCCAGCGCGGUCCAGCGGGUGUGGUCAAUGAUCCCAUCAUAAGAUCUGCCGCGGAGGAGGAAUUCGGCGGAUUCUGCUAUCUUCCUCCUCCCGGUAUGAUGCGACGCAGAGCAUCAUCGUCGUCAUGCUAUUAUGACGACGGUGGCAGAAAACUAGAAAGGCACAUAAAUUCCCCGCUUUCAUCGUCGUCGUCGUCGUAUCUGAGGAGGAGCGUGAGGUACAGCAAGCGAAGAGGGGUUGCGAUUUUGAGGAACAUAAAGGGGGUGGUCGCACAUUCCAAGAGCAUUGCUGGCGGCGGCGAACCCAAACCCAAACUGAUGAACCAGAACAGCUCCUCCUCCUCCGCGUCGUCUCAAUGGAUCAAGGUCCGGCAGCACGGGAAGGCAUACAAGGAAUUCACAGGGUUGCACUUGUGUCAACAAAUCCACGCGCAUCAGGGCUCGAUUUGGAGCAUCAAGUUCAGCUCGGAUGCCCAUCACUUGGCAAGUGCCGGACAGGAUACAGUGAUUCAUAUAUGGGAGGUUCAAGAAUGUGAUGUUGCGGCGGCGGCGGGAGGGCCGCCUUCUGAUGGUGACGAGGACGAUUUGACGAUGAUGAUGAGCUCCACACCACUUCAUCUUUCAUCUGCGUCUCCCGUUCAUCCCAUGGCUAAUUGCAGUUCGGAGAAUGCUUUAGCGUAUGGGGAUGAUGAAGGUCCUAGGAUCAUAUCCGGGAAAUCGAAGAAGAAGAAGAAGGAUAGUAAAUCUAUUCCGGACUAUGUUAUGGUUCCAGAAACUGUGUUUGCUCUUUCAGAGAAACCACUCUGCACUCUCACAGGCCAUGAGGAUGCUGUUUUGGAUCUUUCUUGGUCAAAAUCUCAGAUGCGGCUUCUUUCCUCUUCAAUGGACAAAACUGUUAGACUAUGGGACGUGGAAACUCGGAGCUGUUUGAAAAAGUUUGUACACAAUGAUUAUGGUUACGUUGCAUGAAUAUGAUGGAAUGCGAGCAGUAACAUGCGUCCAGUUCAAUCCCGUAGAUGAUGAUUACUUCAUCAGCGGCUGUCUAGACUCAAAGCUGAGGAUUUGGAACAUAACGGAACGCAGAGUUGUGGACUGGACUCAUCACAAAGAUCAAAUGCUUACUGCCACUGCCUACACUCCCGAUGGAAACGUACGGCGCCAUGAUCGGUUCGCAUAGAGGUAGCUGUCGUUAUUACAAUACCACAGAUUGCAAACUAGAGCAAAAAGAUCAAUUUGAUACUCAAAGCAGGAAAAAGUCCCAAAUAAGAAAGGUCACAGGUUUUCAGUACUCGCCAAGGAAUACCUCUGAGGUGCUCAUUUCCACCGCUGAUUCGAGUAUUCGUAUCCAUGAUGGAUCAACCUUUACACAUAAAUUCAAGGGGUUCCACAAUACAAGCAGCAGCAACAGCAAUAUUUCAUCAGCUUCAUAUAGCCCUGACGGAAGAUAUGUGAUAAGCCCGAGCGAAGAUUCUCAAGUAUACAUAUGGAAAAGAGAAGACGGCUAUAGUUGUGGGGGGCGAAGAAGGGCGGUGACCAUUCGCGCUCACGAGAAAUUCCCGUGCAAAGACGUCUCGGUUGUCGUGCCAUGGCCCGGAAUCUUAAACAACAACGACCCGCCGGUGGUACAGCUGCAGCGGCAUUCCAAAAGCAGCAGGAGCUCACCUUUCCUUCCACCAAAUGAAUCAUCAUCAACUAGUAUAUGGGCGGCCUUCAUUGGUUCUCCUUUGAGAGAUUAUGAAGAAGAACGCGGCGGCCGGAGGAGGCACUUGCCGCCGCUGCCCAAGAGAAAGGAUGACCAUCUGUGUCCCCUUUCCGCUGCCGCUUCUGUCCGCGACUCGCCGUCUUCCGCCCGAUUUGGCGGUGAGACCAUCCGAGCAACAGCCUGGGGGCUUGUGAUCGUUACGGCAAGUUUGGGAGGUGAUAUCAGGGUUUAUCAAAAUUUUGGACUGCCUGUCAAAGCAUCUACUCAUCGUCACACUCAUCUCUUUAGAGACCUCACCUAAUAAUGAAAUUGAGUUAGAG